CGAGCCACUCAGCUGACAACGGGGUUGCAAGUCAUGUGAUUUUAAGGAAGAAUGAAAUUGUAUUCAGAGAACAGAACGUGUGUUGCAGAAAUUACAUUAAGAACGAAUUUUCUCUCAGCUCUUCCAAUCUACGACACUAUUAAUAAUGGCAUGGACGAAAUACCAGCUUCUUUUGGCAGGAAUGAUGCUUAUCACCGGUUCAAUCAACACCUUAUCCGCCAAAUGGGCUGAUAACUUUUCUGCCAAAGGAUGUAAGGAAACCCCAGAACAUGAGUUUUCACAUCCCUUCCUCCAGGCUGUUGGCAUGUUCUUGGGUGAGCUUUCAUGUCUGGCAGUAUUCCAUAUUUUACUUUGUCAACAAAAAAGGAGACCAGAACCCAGUUUGUACUCUACCCAACCAUUUAAUCCUUUUCUCUUCUUGCCGCCAGCCCUAUGUGACAUGACAGCCACAUCCAUCAUGUAUGUAGCACUCAACAUGACCAGUGCAUCGAGCUUCCAAAUGCUUCGAGGAGCAGUGAUCAUCUUCACCGGACUACUCUCUGUGGCUUUCCUGGGAAGAAAACUAGUAACCAGCCAGUGGAUUGGAAUCUUCAUCACCAUUGCUGGUCUAGUGGUAGUUGGAUUAUCAGAUUUUGUGAGUGGGAAGAAAGAUGACAGUCACACACAAAGUCAAGUCAUUACAGGAGACCUUCUCAUUAUCAUGGCACAAAUCAUUGCUGCAGUACAAAUGGUGCUGGAAGAGAAAUUUGUUUACAAGCAUGAUGUUCAUCCAUUGAGAGCAGUUGGCACAGAAGGGCUUUUUGGCUUUGUCAUUCUUUCCAUCUUACUCAUCCCAAUGUUUUAUAUUCCGGUUGGAAGUUUCAGCAGCAACCCUCAGCAUCAGGUCCUGGAAGAUGCUCUGGAUGCUUUUUGCCAAAUGCACAAUCAGCCUUUAAUCAUUCUGGCAUUGCUGGGCAACAUUAUUAGUAUUGCUUUCUUUAACUUUGCUGGUAUCAGUGUUACUAAGGAGAUCAGUGCCACUACACGAAUGGUAUUAGACAGUCUAAGAACUGUUGUUAUCUGGAUAGUAAGCCUGGCUGUAGGCUGGGAAAGCUUCCAGUGGCUGCAGAUUUUGGGCUUCAUUAUCCUAAUUACAGGGGCUUCUCUUUAUAAUGGACUCCACAAGACAAUAAUUGAAAAAAGUCCAUGGUGUGCAAAAUUGAUGAACCCAGCAUCUGACAGAGAGAGAAUCAUACCAGAAAAUGAGACAGCUGAAGAAGAUUAACGUUAAACAGAAUGUAUAGAUUCAUGUUUUCAAUAGUUUUAAAGGUUUCUUUAUAGGCUUUUUGUUUAAACAAUGUUUUUAUAAUUUUUAGUGAAUGGCUGGCACUCUUAAAAUGAAAAAAUAAGUAAAUGUGUGAGAGAGAGUUCAAAACAGAUUAUGUGACGUAAUUAGUGCUGAGUUGAAGAUUUCAAAUAAUAAUUAACAGUAAAAUACUCUAAAGGAAAUACUUUAUUACCAUUACAGCAUUGUCUGACUUGGUUCCUUCAGGUACAGUACCUCAUCAGUUCACACAGUACAUGUGUCUUGCUGGUGAAAACGUAAGGUUAUAUUUUCAUUCCUCUGAAUUUUUCAUAUACACUGAUUUAUUAUGCAGACACUUACUUAUAUAUAAAGUAAAGUAUAUUAAAAGUCACAUUUGCAUGACUGUUUACAUAUUUAUAUAAACAUGUCAGGUCAAAGGAUUUUAAUUUCCUUAACAUUUUAUAUACUUCAUCUGGGUUUCACAGAAAGAGUAAGACAUAUUCAGCAAGUACAGGCAGUACUUUACAGGAGUUGUUCUGUGAUCAACUUAAUGAGGUUAGCACUGCAGCAGCACACAGAAUCCUCACAAUAGGAUACCAAAGACUACUACAACAAAGAUGUAGAAGAUCCAUUUGAAGUGGUGGCUAAACAGUGAGAGAGUCACUCAUGCUCCUCAGUCUAAUUUUUCACUAAGCUUUUUCAGCAGUUUUUUGAAGCCUUGGGAGAAUAUCAGUGCAAAGAGAAAUUACUACUGAGAUGAAACUACACCAUGCCCAAAUAAACCUUCCAUUUAAGGUUGCUUAGAGCUUUGAUGAAAGUGAAAAUGAAAUACUGAGGGAAUUAAAAAGAUCAGUAUAAGAAAUCUUGUACUAAAUUAGUAUACACAAAAUGUUUUGAAAAUUUAAGAAUAAUCCUUAAGCAUAAAUUUGAUAAACUCUAAAAAUAACUGAAAAAUAAUUAUAAAAAUGAUUAGCCCUUCCAACACAUUGUUAAUGUGUAUAAAUAAUUUCUGGUGUGUGAGAAGGGGUUGUUUCAAUGAUGGCAUAAUUUAAUAAAAGCAUGCUGCAGAGAAAGUACAGUUUUUGUGCUAGUGGCAGAAAUGGAAAGGUCCAAGGAUACCUAACUAAUGAGAGGUAAAAGUAUUCAUCUGGUGUCAAAGAGAUGGCAGUUCUACAUAUAAAUUGCCCAGAAAAUGACCGGGGCUUUUAGUGGCAGACCGAUUAGUAGUCAGAGAAAAAGAGAAAUGGGCAGGGUGGAGUAGUGCUGUUAAAAAAAAGAAUGAGAUUGAAAAGAAUGUUUUAGAAAACAGGUGAUGGGCCACACUCGCAGACCAUGAAGAGUAGGCUUUAAGUGAACCGUUUAUAAUAUGCAUUUGUUUUUAAUUGUAAAUACCACUUUAGUAUUGUCCACAUAAGUACGGUCAGGUUGGUCAUCCUCAGUCUCUACUAAGUUUAUUUAGUCAAGUAGCUUGCUACUGAGUUGAGCAAUGUUGUGUAGUACACAAGUUGCAAUCAUCUUCAUAAUUUUUUAGAGAGAAUACUGUAGGCCACGUCUUGACCGAUAUAAGCUUUAAAGUGACCUUUCCACAAAUCAGUACCUCUCUCAACAAUUUGUCUUGUGUAUAUUCCAUUUUGCAGCUCUCCUCUGCCAAGGAUAAUUGGUAAGCAACAGGUGUGGGAUAGGAAAUACAUACUGGCUACCAAAAGCCCCACACCAUGAAAUUCACCUUUUUUUUGCUAGCUGCUUAGCAUUUCAAUAUCCACUCAUAUUACUGCAUGUUGUUUUGCUCCUGGACACUUUGUUAUGACUUUCUUCAUAUUAAACUUGCUUUCACAAUGAUUUGCACAUUUGAGAAAAGUUGUCCUUUUCUAUAAACGUAGUUUUUAGGCUCAUCAGUGAGGGAAUUUAAUCCUAAUGUGUGCUAUCAAAAACACGAGUCACAUUUGCAAAGGCACAAAUUGCCAAUAGUACCUGAGGGCCUAACUGAGAAAGUACUCAUUGAUAAGGUAUCUCCAAGAAAAAUUGAAAAAGAGCUGCUAGUAAAGUAUCUUAAAGUAACCAAAACUAGUACUUCAGUGGUCAGAGUUCAUUGCCAUUUUGCUUAUCUUUUAAUGGAGGGUCAGAAUAUAAAUGUACUCCUUUUUUUAAACAAUUUUUUUUUUGCUGUUUUCUCUGCACCUACUCUGUCAAAUGUAUUUUUUUUACUUCUUAGUCUUUCGUUCACUUCUCUGGUGUGUUUGUUUUUGUUGCAGAAUAUUGCAGUGUCUUAAAAACAUGGCCUAUGGUAAAACAUCAGCAUUUUCUGUCUGCUGAUUUGAUAAAAACUGUAUACAUUAAACUGUUCAGCACACAUACUCAGAUUCUCACCAUAAGUCUGUGUGAAUCACAGUUUUGGAGAAAGAUAGUAAUAGUUUUGAAAACUCUUCUCACCAGUAUAAGGCAUCAACUAGCAGAAAGAAGUCAAUACAACAGAUGAUGUCAAACAAGUCUAUAGUUUAUCAAUGUUAGUCAAACUAAUAUGAUGAAAACGUUAAUAAUAAUAUUUUUUUCCAUUGCACCACCAUACUAUUUUAAAAAUAACUAGAGUAAUGCAAGCAAGGUUAGCUGGGAAUCGUACAGUUUAACCUCUUGCUUGCUUCACUGUGCCCUGUACAUUUUUUCAUCUUAACUUAAAACCGCUGUGCUUAAGAAAGGGACUAGUGGUGAUAAUAUACAUGCAAUGCACAUAAUUUCUAAAUAGAAACAAAAUUAAUAAUAGGGUAAUGUGGCACAGUGGUUAAGGCUUUGGACUUCAGACCCUGUGUUUGUGAGUUUAGAUCCUAACACUGACAUUGUGUGACCCUGAGAAAUUCACUUCACUCACCUGUGCUCCAUUUGGAAAAAGAAACAUAACCAAUUGCAUCUCAAAAGUUGUAAGUCGCUGUGGAUAAAGGUGUUGGCCAAAUAAGUAAAUGUAAUGCUGUUAAGAAGAAUUUGUAUUUUAGAAACAUCAAAAAACAGGCUGUGUUAAUACACUGAUUUGUCCAUAUUUGUAAAUAUUACUCCAACAUACAGUAUAUAAGUAACAGGAAUUGGAGGUGUAAAAGAACUGCACAAAGAAAUAAUUUAUCAUCCUUUGAAAUGUCCCAAUAUACUAUUGGAUAAAAAAAAUGAAAAGAGAAAAAAAGUUAUGAACAUAAAUUAAAAAUAUGAAUUUUGCAUAUUCUUACAUGGAAUUCUAUGGCAAUCCUUCACCAGUAUAUGUGCAGAUCAUACAGGAGAAUUUCUGUUAUCCUCCUUUUAUUGUCUUCCUCAUUGCUUAUGUAGUGGCUUUCAUAAAAAUCUAUUUAGUCAGUUAAUGUUACAUUUAUUUUCCCUUGUUAAUCAUAGUUUUAAUGAACUAUUUCUUUUAUUGUACUCUACAUAUGUUAAUGAAAUUUCUAUUGUGAUGUAUAUGUACAGUAUGUAUAUAGGACAUGCUGCACAUAAUUUAUCUUAAUGAGGAGAAAAGAAACAAUUCUUUCGGAAAAUAAUCUCCAGACUUAGGAAACUGCUGCAUGGGGACAUGUAUCUCUUUUGCUUAAGUGGUUUCAGUUUAAAAAAAAUAUUUUAAGCCAGGUACCUAUGUAAUUUUACCUGAAAAGCUAAGAAUACCAACUAUAACUAACUGCAUGGAAAGGUGGUGUCUCUGAACUGAACUAGUUGAGAUUAGUCAGUGGAAGAUACAAGAUUUAGAGGUGGGCAAACAAAAAGUGAAAAAUGAGAGAUUUUUAAUCUUUUAUUCAAUUUUUAUUUUUAUGUAUGUUUAGAAUAAUUUGACCUGGGCACAUGAAUAUCAACUUUUAUUUUGAGAGAGACAGAGAGAGAUUUCUCAUUAAGAAUACUUAAAAACUUAACCUGCGGAAAUAUAAAAAUAAAAAAAAAUUACAAUAGUGAGAGUCCAAUUAUUAAUUAUUGUUUUAAAUAGAUUUUUUUUUCUUUAACAUUUGUACAAUAAAUGAAUUUCCAAAUAGUGAUAAUUUGGGCCAUUUUUCAAUAACUGAUUUAUAAAAAAUUAAAAAUAUGCUUAGAGCAAUUAGUUAUUUGUCACUCUUUAGUAAGUUGAAAGCAAAUUAGGACAUUAAAAUAUUCUUAUGAGAGCAGGCCAUUCAGCCCAUCAAGCUUGUCGGUAUUUUUUAAAGGUCCAAAAGUGCUAUUAAAAUAUUCAACAUUUACAUAAAUAACACAAAAAUGAGUAAUGGAAUUUUAAAGUCUGAUUAGCAUAAUAUGUUUCAUCAAAUAUCAUUUUUAUAAACUAUUUAUUAUCUUUGUGUGUCUGAAAACUACAAUGUGAGUCAAAAUUAAGGUUUUACUCAUGAUAUUCUGUUAAUCUCUUACCACAUUCAUCUUAUUUUAAGAAAUGAUAUAACUAAGUAAACAGUAAAAUUUAAGAAGUGGUGGUAGUCAGGGGCUGUGCUAUAAGGCUGGAGUUAAGCAUACCCUAGUCAAUGUAUUACUGCCUUAGGACAAGGAAGUGCAUUUUUUCUUUGUUUAAAGAGAAAAACCCUUUAGUAAUUUUUUUAAAUAUUUUUAUGUUACAGCUGCUAUGUUGUCAAAGCACUAAUAGUGCAUUGAAGCUUUGCUGGUACUGAAAGUGCCUCAUUUUUACAGUAUAACUGAAAUAUAUACUGUCAUUAUAAAACAAUUACUCAAUUAAUUUCAAAGCUGAAGGUUUAAUUUUUUAUUAUUUUUCAAAAUCUAAGACUUCAUAUGUUGUGAUUUUGAGAUGUAUGUGACAGCUCCUUAGUUAAUUUGAUUAACUUUGAACAUUUCACAUUGUAAGUUACUGUAGCUGACAUGUACAAACUGAAUUAUGAUUACAUUUGUCAAGUAAACCAUAUAAAUUACAAGACUUUUUUUUCUUACAAAGAGGUCUCAUAACUUUAUACUCUACAUUGCACAUACAUUUCUCAUAACUUUAUACUUCAUGUGUCACUGGUUAGAAUCAUGAAAUUUAUUAUUCUAGAAAAUGCUUAUAUUGUAUAAUGGUUUCAGCAUUACAUUAAACUUAAUUUCAUACAGUAAGUUUAAUAAAUGAAGUCUUAAUUUUAUACUGUUUUUAGGUAGAAAGGCAUUAUUCAUAAUAAAAAAAUAAAACAAAUAGUUGUAUUUAGGGAAACUAUAUCAUGCUGCCAUAUGUGUGUGCACUUUUGUAAAUCUGUAGUAUUUGACCUGGAUUUUACAUCUAUGCAAAAUUUAGAAAAA